AUGAGAACAACGAGGACUUCAAGAUUACAGACUCUAUCCAUGCUCUGCAUGCUGGUGGUGACAAUCUUGACAUCCUCGGCGGUCUCCGCAUUACAUCGACCUUCCCGCGAACUCCCUGCUUCGGUAAUGGGAUGGCGCGAUGAGGAGGAUUCCACAAGAAUACCAUUGAAAUCUUUCUCUGAUUCUUCUUCCUUUGUGACGGCAAAAAAAGCAGCAACGGAUGCGGCACCAUGUCCUCGUACUAGUCCUCUUCAGGUGGUGUCAAGAGGUGGAGGAGGAGGAGGAGGAGAUGUCAAGAAAAAUGUCCCUGCUCCUGCACGAAACAACCCCAAAAAGACGACUGUUCUUGUCACUACAACUGUAGUAGCAUGUCUUCUUUGGAAAUUUCGAGAACCUCUUGGGGCAAUCUUUAGCAAGGACAAGAUCCAAUCGAAAACCUUGGAAAUCUUGGGCAAACUAGAUUCCCUGCCCAAAUUGCAGUCAUAUGCUAGUUACGUGGGAGGAAUGGCACUUUGGGAACUCUUUGGCCUUUCCACCAUUCCGGUGGAAACGGCUGCUGGAAUGGUCUUUGGAUGGAAUGGUAUUCUCUUGAGUGGAUCCGGCAAACUCUUGGGAGCCAUUGUUGCGUUUUUACUGGGUCGAUAUGGAGCCUUGGCCCAUUGGAUUCAAUCCAAACUCUCGUCGAAUUCCUUUUUGCAAGAUGCCUCCCAUUCCACAGAAGACAGUCCCUUGAAGGUAGCCUUCUUGAUGAAGAUGAGUUCCUUCCCAGAAACCAUCAAGAAUUAUGGUUCGGCAUUGUUGAGUCCCAUUAAAUUGUGGAUGUUUGUGGUGGCCACCUUUUUUCAUGGAGUGACCUUUUCCGCUCUUUGGACCUAUUUGGGCGUCGAUACGGCGGCUCGACUGGAGAAUACCGAGCUUCCAGCCGAUGGCAAACUGCAAUUCUUGUUGGCGGCAGCCUUGUUCAAUGGUAUUGUGAUCUCGCCACUGUCCAUGGCCUAUUGGGUCAAGAUGAUGCAAAAAUCAAAGCAGCAGGCAGCAGCAUUCUCCUCCUCCUUUCAAAAGACCAAGAAGCGAUAG